AUGGCGCCCUCAGGACACCCCAGGGACUGGAGAACCAGCGUCAAAGACACCAGCCUUGAUACAGGCUUGGGGACCAGCUCAGCUGGGAAGCUGACCAGACAUCAGAGGGCUGUCCCCAUGGCUCACCUGACUUUUGUCAUCGACUGCACCAGUGGGAAACAGCUCUCCCUUGCAGCCUCUCCACCCCGAGCCACCAGCCCUCACCGGGGGCCUGUCAUCCCGCCAUUGAAGACCUACAUCGUGUUCUGUGGGGAAAACCGGCCCCCUCCGACUCAGAAGACCCCCUUGGGUAGCAAAGAUCUUGCCCAGGCCAGAGCCACGCUGCUGCCUUGCAGAGGGAUUGACACCCCAGCUCCGUCCCAGGUUAGACCGCUCUGCCCCCAGGAGGUUCCUGAAGCUGCGGAGAGACCCUUGAAAUCUGGGAGGUCUUCGACCUGGGGUACAGUGAAGGACUCCCUCAGAGCCCUCUCUUCCUGUGUUUGUGGGCAGGCUGAGUAG